AUGGCCGUUCCGCGAUCGAAUGGCCAGCCGCCGCCGGGCCCCAUCAAAUAUGCCUACAUGUUCGAAGCAGACAAGAGUCCGACAAUGCAGUUUGAUGCCCUGCUGAGAUCAAUCGCGCGCUUUAUCGUUGUUGAGCUUGGCGACAAGAGUGAUAGCCAUCUUACUCCCAAGAAGCUCGCUGCGUUUUACAAAGCCGUUGGUGGUGAUUAUGACUCCUUAUUCCUAGAGACUCCUCACUCGACCAUUUCCUACAUGUGGUCAGUGACGGGUUGCCAGCAUAGUCUACAGCCCACGGAGAGCGACUUUGAUCCGCCCUCCAUCCCGGCCUUGACGCCUCGGGGUUUCUCACGGUGGGAGUCGGUAGAGAUCCUUCUCGGGCCCGAAGAGCAUGUGCCCUUCAUCCAAUAUGCUGUCAAGCAUUGGGGCCUAAGGCAUCCCGAGACAGGCCAAUCCUUCCCUCCCGAUCUUCCCGCCAGUGUAUUUCCUGCACAAUCAGACCAGGCAGUCGACCGCUGGCACAAGGAAUGCGCCAGUACCUUACGCGACAAAGCUUGCAAGGAGGAGGAGGAAACAAGCAUGCCCAGCUCCAGCUCUGCGCCGCGACCCGAGCCGUCUCCAGAACCUUCCGCGCCCAGAUUCGCCUAUGUUCAUACCGCAGAUCCCUUCCGUCCUGGCUCCCCUCGAUCGAGGGCUGCUGAUCCAAAUCAGUACGAAAGGUUUACUUAUGUCCGUGUAGGCGAAAGACAUGGGGCUAAUUUCGGCCAAAGGCCUCCUAUGCGCUCGCCCGAACGGCCUCGCCGUCCGAGACCUGCCGAUGACGCUGCGAGACGUCGAAGCUUUUCCGACUAUGCUUCUACACGCCAGCCACACGCAGAUGGAAUCCGCCACAGCUAUUCGGGAACAUAUCUCAACCCGGAUCCCAGCCGACCAACGCCCAGCCGACCCGGUCACGGUCGUCGGCAUAGCCAUGCCCAGCAUCACUCGUCCGGCGAGUCGUCAGGAGAUGAAUCUGCAGAAGAAGACAUUCAUCUGAGAUCCAGACGGCGACAACGUACUGGCUCACCCUCGACUCCUGGCGUUCGUCGAGUUGUCCCGCCAUCAUCGGGUCCUCCGCCGUCGUCAGGCUCCAGCGUCCCUUCUUUCCGGACGCAUCGCAGCGAUAGUCGUGCUGAAGAUGCAAGGAGAAGGGCCAGCCCGUUUGGCAACAUCAGGGAGAAGGUGUCGGAGACGGUUUCCAACAUACUGCCAGGUAGCCGAAACAGCUCAAGGCACAGCUCUGUCAACGACCCCAUCCGCGUGAGGAGAAGCCGCGAGCACAUUCCCCCAUCCCGGUUGAAUCAGAACCACUCAGAUCUCGCCUCGGACGGUGUGUCGGAAGAUUCUAGCGAAGAGGAGCUACGCCAUCGCCGCCAAUUGCAUGAAGAGCGAGACCGCUACCGCACCAAUGACCAAGACUCCAGCGGGCGCAGGGACCGGCAGCAGCAGCACCCACGGAUGCGUCCAGAUUCACAGCGACGCACUAGCAGUCACGCCGAUGCCGACAGGCGACGAGACCCGGCAUGGGAUAUGCGAGACAGGGAUCGCAUGAGGGAAGAUAGAAAGUGGGAUAGACGAUCCAUGGAAGACGGGCUGUCAAACCCUGGAGGGAUCCCUAAUCGGCGAUACCAGGAAUCGGCUUACACCUGA